GUAAUGUACAUCCCUUCCAGAAUCCACGUCUAUUGUUAAAACACCUCUCGGCAAAAAUGAACUCCACUAAUUCCACACUGAUUAAGAAAAGGUAUGAUUUCAGCACAGUCCUCAAUGUUAUGAUCGCAUCAGACAGCUUUGUGGUUAUUCUCGGUGCAGUCAUAAACGUAUGGCUAGUGGCGGCUAUCCUCUCCUCACCGGAACUGAGAGCAAGGUUUAGAAACAAAAUAAUCGUCUGCUUGUCCGUGUGUUUUCUCACGGAAUCUUUACUACGAGCACCAAUAGAACUGGUAGUGCUCACCAGUUAUAAGAAAAGACGAAAAGGUUUCGGUUGCCUUCUGAUGUCUGUCAUGGCAAAUAUCGAACUGCUUCAAGAUUUUAUCUCCAACUGGUACGUCGUCAUUCUGGUUUUGGUUUUCGUUGCCCAGAUCAAAGACAUCAACCCUAGAGCUAAGCUACAACCACUGGCCAUCACCAUCGGUACGGCUGUGGUGUUGUUCCUACCCUGGCUGCUGUCGUUGAUCACCAUCCCGUCUGUCAUGAGCAGCUACAGUAGAGUUUUCGUGUACAACUCAACUCGGUAUUGGAGCAGCUGUAUUUACCCCACGAGCGAAUCUCUCCUCAUUUUCAGGUCUCUGGACUCUGCCGUACCUCUCCUAACGACCCUAGUUCUUAUGACCCUUGCUGUCGUCUUCCGUCGGCAAAGAUUUAGACGUGGGUUCUCAGCAACGGGGAUGAGAGUGGAGUUAAUUAGCCAAGGACCAGCGGUCGACACCCUGCCAGCCUACAUUGCACUCGUUACAACAGCCAUACUUUGCAAUUUUAUUGAUGUACUUUUGUGCUUCGACGUCAUGGUCAUCGCGCCGUGGCAAAGGCUGUAUUUUAUGAUCGCAUCCAACGUGGUGUCCGACACCAGAGCUUACCUGAUGCCGCUCACCUGGCUCCUGAUGCCAGAGAUCCGAGACCGCCUGAAGACCUGGAGGCCUUGGUACCGACCUGGGAAGGGGAUCGACUUAACGGUGUCGUUUGAUCGAGAACAGACCGCGUAACCCGAUUCAACAUUUUAAAAAAUUGUUUUUCAAAUGUUUAUUAAAUUUAAACAUUAUAUAAUUUAGUUUUGGUUUUGUUAUUAAUUUGUGAAUAAAAUUUGCCAUUAGAU